CGUUGUCCUCGCGGCUUUAAUUGCGCUCCUUUCAUGGCGGGUCCGAGGGGGUCCCCGCCGCCCCGGCCGGGCCACGGGCUGUCCGUCUCGCUCUAUUGAGGUUUUUUUUUUUUUUUUUCCUCCCUCCCUUCCCCUUCUUUAAAUACAAGGCAGUUUGGAGACAGGAAAGAGGGGGAGGGGGCAGAUCACUUUUUCCGGCGCUGGAGACGGUUCGCAGGGCGCUUGGGGAGCAGCCGCCUCGCCGCGCGCGCCGCUCCGGGCCCGGGGCACCCGCGCCCAGCCCUCGGCGCAAAAAAGAGAGAGAAAAAAAAAACUACAAAAAAAAUCGCGACACUUUGGGGGUGCCGAGAGCAGGCUUCUGCUCCCCGGGCAAACCGCAGGGGCUGCCCCUUCCCCUUCAAUCCAGCCCGCCUGGUCUUGCAGGAAGAACCGAGGCUGGGCUCCACUCCUUUGGCCAUGCUCGCCGCCACCUGCAAUAAGAUCGGCAGCCCCAGCCCGUCCCCCUCCUCGCUGUCGGACAGCUCGUCGUCCUUCGGCAAGGGCUUCCAUCCCUGGAAACGCUCGUCGUCUGCGUCCUCGGGCAGCUGCAACGUGGUGGGCUCCAGCCUCGCGGGCUUCGGCGUGUCCGGCGCCGCCCGCACCGGCGGCUCGUCCUCGGCGGCGGCCGCGGCCGCGGCGGCGGCGGCCGCGGCCGCAGCGCUGGUGUCCGACUCGUUCGGCUGCGGCGGCUCGCCGGGCUCCAGCGCCUUCUCGCUCACCUCCAGCAGCGCCGCGGCCGCCGCCGCCGCCGCCGCUGCCGCCGCCUCCAGCUCGCCGUUCGCCAACGACUACGCGGUGUUCCAGGCGCCCGGCGUGGCGGGGGCCGGCGGUGGCGGCGGGGGCGGCGGCGGGGGCGGCGGUGGUGGCGGUGGUGGCGGCGGCGGCAGCGGCUCCUCCGCGGCGCACUCGCAGGACGGCGCGCACCAGCCCGUGUUCAUCUCCAAGGUGCACGCGUCGGUGGACGGGCUGCAGGGCAUCUACCCGCGCGUGGGCAUGGCGCACCCGUACGAGUCGUGGUUCAAGCCCUCGCACCCGGGCCUGGGCGCCGCGGGCGACGUGGGCGCGGCCGGCGCCUCCAGCUGGUGGGACGUGGGCGCGGGCUGGAUCGACGUGCAGAACCCGAAUGGCGCGGCAGCGCUGCCCGGCUCGCUGCACCCGGCCGCCGGGGGCCUCCAAGGCUCGCUGCACUCGCCGCUCGGCGGCUACAACUCGGAUUACUCGGGCCUGAGCCACUCUGCGUUCAGCAGCGGCGCCUCCUCGCACCUGCUCAGCCCCGCGGGUCAGCACCUCAUGGACGGCUUCAAGCCCGUGCUCCCCGGCUCCUACCCGGACUCGGCGCCAUCGCCGCUGGCCGGCGCGGGUGGCUCCAUGCUGGGCGCCGGGCCCUCGGCGCCACUCGGCGGCUCCCCGCGCUCCUCCGCGCGCCGCUACUCGGGCCGCGCCACCUGCGACUGCCCCAACUGCCAGGAAGCGGAGCGCCUGGGCCCGGCCGGGGCCAGCCUGCGGCGCAAGGGCCUGCACAGCUGCCACAUCCCGGGCUGCGGCAAGGUGUACGGCAAGACGUCGCACCUCAAGGCGCACCUGCGCUGGCACACGGGCGAGCGGCCCUUCGUGUGCAACUGGCUCUUCUGCGGCAAGCGCUUCACGCGCUCCGACGAGCUGCAGCGGCACCUGCGGACCCACACCGGCGAGAAGCGCUUCGCCUGCCCCGUAUGCAACAAGCGCUUCAUGCGCAGCGACCACCUCAGCAAGCACGUGAAGACGCACAGCGGCGGCGGCGGCGGCGGCGCGGCGGGCCCCGGCGGCGGCGGCAAGAAGGGCAGCGACACCGACAGCGAGCACAGCGCCGCGGGCAGCCCGCCCUGCCACUCCCCAGAGCUGCUGCAGCCCCCGGAGCCCGGGCACCGCAACGGCCUCGAGUGACGCGCGCGCACGCACGCGCCCCCAGCUGCCCCCGUGCGUCUGGGCCUCUGCUCCGGCCUCCCUCCACGGCACCCCGCUCGCCGCUCGGCCCCGGCCCCUCUUUCUCCCGCUCCCCUCUGUGACUUAGCUGUGUAACAGGGGGCUCUCGCCAUGUAAGUAGCUCUUGCGCCGCCCCUGCCCACGGGGCGCGCUGCCCGCACCGGCACCCGCGCCUCGCCGGGCAGCUGCUCGGGCCGCACGUUGUGCUGGAGCAGGAGCCAAGCCUGAGGCCUUGGGAGGCCGCGGGGCCGAGGCCAGCCCGGGGCGGGAGCGGGUCGGGCCCGGUGGGGCGCCCCUCGGGCCCCCGUGGGCCAGGCUGGGCCCUCCCUGCGCCAGCUCGGCGUCUUCUCCUUUGUUCCCCGGGGUGGAACCCUUGCAAGUUUCGGCAUAGUGCAGUCUUUGGCGAGUCGCUGCAACAGCCUCUUUCCCCUACCCCCAUCUUUAUAACUUUUUUUUUUUAAUGAGAAAACUGGAGGGAGAAAAAAAGUCACCCUUGCAUUAGAUUUCCCGUCUAGAUAGGUUUUCCUCCAGCAAUGCGAAGCCUUUCUCUGGAAACUGCUCAUAUUGAUCCCAAAGUUAUUUUGAUUGCAUUCACUAUGGGGUGGGGGCGGGGUAGGCGUCUUUUUCUUAUGCAAAGCUACCCCUUUCCGGUGAGACCAGAUUAACUGUCUCUGUGUUCUUUUCUACCUCGGCUUUCACCACUCCCGGGCGUAAUUUCCCAAUUCUUUUUUUUUUUUUUUUGGUUGUUGUUGUUAUUCCAGCUGUCAAUUUGUAUAGAACCCAUUCCUGUAAGUUCUUGCAAUUCGUUAAAAUUCUUAGGGUUAAACUUUUUUUUUUCUUGUUUGGAUUUAAACUUAUAAACAACCGAAGAGGCUACCAUUUCUUUCAGAUGAGGCUGUAGUUUAAAUGCCCAAAGAAGGAAAAAAUAGGGGAGGGGGAAAAAAAACCCAAUUGUAAACGAUAUCUGAACCUAAUGGUUUGUACCACUGGAGAAUCGUUCUAGAUUGGUUACCAAUUAAACAGAACUCCACCAGAGUCAGGGUGGGAGGUUGUCCAGGAGACGAUUUUGUAUAGUAUUUUUCUUGUACAUUACUUCCAGUAAAUAUUUGAAAAAUAUAUUGACGUAAACUUGAUUUUUUUUUUUUUUGGUCACGAGAAACUAUUAAGAGUUAUUGUUGCAGUUCUGAGGAGCUGCGAGUUUUCUCAACUCACUUCUGGAGGUGCAGAGCCACCAACGCACUUUCGGGGCCGAGUUUUGCUCGAAUACGAAUUUAGAUAGGUGUCAAACUGUAACUAAGACAAUAUUUGAUAAAUGUUGGAUGACAUUUAAUUUAAUGGAGCAUGUACUUAUUUGCAUUUGCUGGCAGUUCAGGCAUAGUUGAAGUGAGAGUUCGCCUAUAUUUCAUAAUAACUGGGUCCACCAAAACCCAUGUAUUAAAUAAAUUGUCCAAGUGAAACUCGACUAACUUUGGCCUUUGUGUAUUUCCUGAGGGUAAUAUUGUUAAAUGUUAAUGAACACUCCUGAUGCUACAUUUAAAUGUUUGCAGAUUCUGCAAACUAAUUGCUCAUUGUAAUGUUGAAAUAAUUUGGAUAUUUCACAUUGAAAUGAAAGCCUUUCUCUGGAACAUUUUAGACUUGCAUUUUAAAUGCAUGAAAUGUAAUUGAUUUAUUUGUAAUAUUUUAAAUGGUAUUAAUAAACAGAUAAAAGACUA